AUGUAUUAUUUGCAGUGCUCUACUACUACGGUAAUGGUAUACCGGUUUUUCUACUGACUGACGUCCUACCAGCAAUGAUGGAUUAUCCUAUCCAUAAACAUGCGGUUAAGCCAAUAGAUAAUAGUUUAUGCAACAAUGAUGCUCGGACAAUGGGAAUAUUCCAA